AUGGACAUCUCACCUAAAAUCACCGAGUGCGAGGAGUACAAGAUCCUCUCUACGCAUCUAGCCAACCCAGAGAAGACGGACGCUAUAUUGGAACAACUCACAACAUGCGCAAAGUUUUCGCUCUCCAACGACAAGCUCGAAUCCCACCUACUUGAAUUGUGGAACAGUAUCUUGCACCUCUCCUCUCAGCAACCCCACUCCUCGAACCAACAGGACUCGAUGGUCAAGCUACUCCAAGCCCUGGUCACCGAUGCUCCUUCGCUCAAAGACACAAACGGGAAGGAAGUCGAAGUAGACGGCAGCAAAGUCUGGCGGGGCCUCCCUCUCUUCGGUCAACAAGCCCGCGAAUGCUGGAACUUCCCCGACGACAAAAAGGUGGACACAAAGAUCAGGGAUGCGUGGAUCAACGUCAACGCAUUCGUUGCACGUUUGACUGCUGCGGCUGUCAAUGAGCAUGGUGGUGAGAGACCAGGAUACAAUGCUCUCGACCACUCCCUCUACGGCAUUUGGAGUUUGAGAAAUGCAGUCGAGGAAGAGCUAGAGAACUUGCCUGGAAAGACUACCGUUGAUGCUUCUGUUGGUGCUGCGGCAGUAUGGAUACUUUAUGCUGGUCGCACGCUCAAGGGUCUCUCGGACAGUGACAAGACUUAUAGUGGCAAGGUUGCAAAGCCUGGCUUCAAGUGCAAGGAUCAGGAGUGGAGAGGCUACAAUAAGGAUAGAUGGCAACUGUGGACAAAAGAGCUCGCCAAAGCAAAGAGCCUCGUGCAGGAUGACAGUAUUCAGGACCUUGUGAAACAAGCUAUGGAGAUUAUGAAGCAAUAG